AUGAAGGUCCUUGGUUCAAUUUCCAGUAUCCUCCCCCCAGUGGUUGAUAGGAAACCAGUGAAGGAGAUUUGAAAGUGGGGAGGUAGAAUAACUAAUAGUGUGCAAAGGCACAAAAUCAACUGGGUAAUGGUGAUGAGGCCUUCUUAGAUGAAGGGUUGCAUCGAUAAUGAAUUGAUUAGAUACAUUAUUACAUAUACUAUACAGGGGAAAUAGUUAUUAAAAUGAUGAAAUCAGUACUGAUAUUGAAAAAUUUAUACAGCAAAAAGUUAAGGUACAGGAUAUCAUAGUUAGUGUUAUAUCAUUUGUAUAUAAAAGAAGAUACAUGUAAUAUUUGGACUGAUAGUCAGGAAGCUGACAAUAAGGAUUGGCUCUGGGAGAAGCAGAGCCAGACUCUGUCUCAAAAUAAAUGAAAAAUAAAAGGGCUUGGGAGACCUAAAAAUCAGAUAAGGAGAAAGGUUUAAUUUUUACUAUAAAUCUUGUACACCACUUACCACUUUUAAAAAAUCAUAUACACUAUCUGACAUUUUCAAAAACAACUAGUAACAGAGAAGGGAUUAAUGAACAGUGUCAAAUACUGUAGACAUGCCAAAGAGAAUAUAAAGUGAGAUAAAGGAUAGUAGACUAGAUGAUUAAGGAGUUUUGGUAACUUUCAGAACAUAGCUUAAGGUGAGUCAUUGGGGGUACUGAGAGAGAAAACUGUACUGUAAGUGGUUGAAGAGCAUGCUUUGGGAAGACAGGAUUUAUCUUGAUAUAGUUGAAGUUUGAUGGAAUAAAUAUGUGGACUGAUCAGUUUGUGUGUGUGCAUAAAUAUGUGUAUAUUUAACAUAUGCUUAUAUACAUGUUUCUCCCUUUAGGAAAAGGCAAUAAUGGAUUUUAUCUGGGACUAGACAUUGGCAAAUAGGAUGUGACAGAAAGGGCUACUGUUGAGGAAUUUAGAGCACUAGCAAGAGCACAUAGAGGAUCAGUUAUUAAGAGAACGGUAAUGCAAUGACUACUAGCCCAGUCUCUUGGUCCUACCCGUGAAGAACUUGGGAACAUUUCUGCAGAGUGCUCCCAGGAUUGUUCGCUGUUUGCUCAAUUACUGUGUUUCUGCAGAAACAAAGGAGCGGACUGGUCAGUGAAGUGGGAAACUUCCUAAAAAUGAAACUGUGUCCUUUCAUCUUUAUAUCUCCUGGACAUGCCAUAAUCCUGGAAUGCAGCAGGAUCAGUAAUGGCUUGGAUGCUGUCUGAAGGGUAUCUCAGUGGACUUGCCUACUGGAAUGACAUCCAUUGGAAUUGUGCAACUUAUAAUGAGCAGGUGAGUGAAGAAAAGGAAGAGGAGACAAGUUCCGUUGCUGCCCUUUCCUAUUCGACUGUGGAUGAAACACAAGUCAGAAGUCUUUAUGUGAGCUGCAAAUCUUCUGACAAGUUUAUUUCUUCAGUGCAUUCAAGAGAGAGCCAAUGUAGCAUAAGUCAGAGAGUCAGAGUGGUGCAGACAAACCCCAAUCCUGUGUUUGAAAGACCAAACUUGGCUGCAGUUGAAAUAUGUAGGGACCCUAGUAGAGAAACCUAUUUAGUUCCACCUUCCUGCAAAAGUAUUUGCAAGAAUUAUAAUGACUUACAAAUUGCAGGGGGCCAGGUGAUGGCCAUUAACUCAGUGACAACAGAUUUUCCCUCUGAGAGCAGUUUUGAAUACGGUCCUUUGCUGAAGUCAUCUGAGAUCCCUUUGCCCAUGGAGGAUUCCCUUUCCACUCAGCCCAGUGACUUCCCCCAAAAGCCUAUUCAGCGGUACUCAUCCUACUGGAGAAUCACCAGCAUCAAAGAGAAAAGCAGCCUGCAAAUGCAGAAGCCUAUUUCAAAUGCAGUGCUGAAUGAGUACCUGGAGCAGAAGGUGGUGGAGUUAUAUAAACAGUACAUUAUGGACACCAUGUUUCACGAUAGUUCUCCUACCCAGAUCCUGGCAUCUGAACUCAUCAUGACAAACGUGGACCAAAUCAGUCUUCAAGUGUCCAGAGAGAAGAACCUGGAGACUUCAAAAGCCAGGGAUAUAGUCAUUGGCCGCCUAUUACAGUUAGUGUCCACUGAGAUCAGCACUCCUAGUCUCCAUAUUUCUCAGUACAGCAAUGUGAAUCCAUAGAGAGGAUUCAUGGAUCCAUACUUCUGUUCCUCUCAAUUACUCAAAUCCAAAGCAGGAGGGGGUUGUGAAAGGGAGUCACAAGCUAGAGAAGCAAAGGUUGGUCAGAAAUCAGGUGUGAAUGAAAGUGAAAUCUUCGAAUAUUACCCAUGAUGAAGGAAUAUGGGAAAAGGAGCCAUAAGGAAUGAUUUCAAAGAGAAAUUUGUACAACAAUAAAACAGAAAUAAAAAUGGUCAGAUAAGAAAAAGGAAUAGAGAAAUUGGAAAAAAAGACAAGCGAAAUAAAAACAAACACUAUGGCAAAUUUAAAACCCAAAACGUUUCAGAAUGGAAUUAAAAAUAUACAUUUGUUACCAAGUAAAUUCCUUUGAAUUGUUUCUUGUUGGGGAAAAUGGACUGCAGAAUGCUUCUAUAUUUGGGUGGAAAGACAAGUUCAAACACUUUUUAAAGUAUAUGUUUGUAUCUCUUUUCUCUAUUCUGUAUCAGUAGUUCA